AUGGCCGUUGGCGCCUUGUUGUCACUCAUCGAUGGACAAUCACUGGACAACCCCUCUGAAUACAGAAGCCUAGUUGGUGCUCUUAAAUAUUUUAUGCUGACCAGACCAGACAUUAGCUUCAGUGUCAAUAAGGCCAACUGCCCAGAUGAUAGACGAAGCACGAGUGGAUUCUGUGUCUUUCUUGGUUCCAACCUUAUUUCAUGGACCUCAUCUAAGCAAAAGGUCGUCUCUCGAUCUAUUGCCGAAUCAGAAUAUCGUGGUCUGUCUAAUGCUGUCACUGAGGUUCAUAGCAUCCAGGUAUAUUUUGACAUUGAGCACCCAUGA